AUGUCAGACGACCGAGAACACUAUGGCAACCUCUUCCCUUCCGACGACGAAGGCAACUCUUCAGACAACACAAUUGAACAACAUGCUCCUUCUGGCUAUAUGGAUCUCGAUGAAGACUUGAGAGACGAGGAAGAGGAGGAGGAAGAAGAAGACGUGAUCGACGAUGAAGGUCAUCGACUCGACGAUUCAGCACGCGAAAAGAACGCCAUGCAAAUCUAUACUGAAACACAUCCCGAUCUUGAGCAAAAGUCGUCUGGGGGUCGUGAGAUUGCCGAACAUGAAGCUAUUUGGUCCGUAUCCACCUAUCGUGAGGAUUGGGGUGUCGAGAAACUACGCGACAAUAAUCCAUUGACCUAUUGGCAAUCCAAUUGCCCGAAUCCAAAAGCACCCCACACAGUAGACUUGUAUUUCCAUCACGCUACUUUCAUCAAGCAAGUAUCGAUUUUCAUUGAUUUCUAUCAAGAUGAGAGCUAUACCCCAAAGCAUAUUUCAAUUCGUGGAGGAAUCACUUAUCGGGAUUUGCAUGAAAUCACGUCAUUAGAAUGCGAAGGAACGGUUGGAUGGCAAAAUGCGGAUCUUGUGGAAGCUACUGGGGAGCCUGUACGAUUGUUCCAUCUGCAGAUUGCAAUCCUCAAUACACACCUGAAUGGACGAGACACCCAUAUCCGCCAACUCAAAGUUUACUCGGUUCUUCCGCAAUAUUUGACCCAAAAACCAGUACCUGAAAGGAUACGUGGCCUGCGAUAA